GAUUUACUUUUGCCAGAAAAGCCUGCAGACAAGAACUUUGAUGAAAUAGUAAGUACAUUACAGAAGCAUUUAAAUCCUAAACCACUAGAAAUAGCCGAACGGUUUCGUUUUUAUAAGAGAAAUCAGCAAGAAGGGGAGAGCAUUUUAAGUUAUAUAGCUGAGUUAAAGAAAUUAACCACGCAUUGCAAUUUUGGAAGUAACUUGGAAGAAACCUUGCGCGACAGAUUG